UAAUUCGCUUUGUCAUGCAUGUCACAAGCCACAAGUGAAAUUGAAAAAAGAGGGUCAUCUGCUUCAGCUCUGGUCUACUUUUUUUUUGCUUAUAAACAAAACAAUAAUAAUUGAUCAAAGCAAAAAUUAAGUGAAAAAGACACCUGAGAAUGGGCCGUUGCAAAGGCAAUCUCUCGAAGUUAGACAGGUGAUAUGUGACGUCAUGACCACAACAAGCAGAAAGCUUCAGUGCCAGCAUGAGUGAAGCUGAGGGUGACGGGGAGGUCUAUCAGACCUUCGAACUGUCUGACGGGUGUCGAUCUGUUACGAUAAUUGCAUCAAAGGAAGAAGAAGAAAGAAUUCAGCAAGACUUCACUCACAAUGCAACACUGCUGCUCAUCGAGUGCAUACGUGACCGCUUUGAGAAGUUCUGUGCCUCCAGGUUUGAAAGAAAUCAAGUUUAUAGGGAGAUCCAAGAAGAACUGCGUUCAUACUCUUAUAAUAUUUCGAUUGAGAAGAUACGCAACAAAUGGAGCAACCUUGUCACUACUUACAAGAGGAUAAAAUUUCGCCAAAGAACCAGUGGGGCUGGACGCAGAGUAUGGGAAUACUAUCAGCAACUUGAUGAACUCCUGAGUCCAUCAUGUGAAUCACCUGUACCAGGCAAGAUUUCAGUCAGUAUGAUUAAAACUGAGAGUACAGAUACUGAACAACAGAACACAGAUAAUGGCAUAGCCAUAAAAUUAGAGGAUUCGAUGGAUACCUCCUUCGCUGAGUCUGAUUAUCCCCAGCUUCAGACAGUGACUUCAGUUUUCAGUACAAUUCCAAGUCAGGGCAAGAGAAAGUAUGAUGAGUCUUUGAAUAAUGUUGAUAAUUAUUCAGAGAAAGAGAGAAGGCGUGAAGAAUUAUUGGAACAGUUCCUGCAAGAAGUAAGUGAAAAAGAAACUAAGGAACAUAAUUACAAAAAGAGAAAAGAAAGAAGAGACAGAAUGAAAUUGAAAACUUUGCAGAAAAUGGUGUCCAAGCUUGAAACUCUUUCAAAAACUCAAGAAUUACUUCUCAAAAAGCAAGAAUUGGUGCUAGAAGGGGCUCGUCUAUACCUGCUCCACAUUCAGAAUUAGUUGAGCAUUCAAGUCCUAAGAUGAGAAGGCUCAAGUGUGUCCUCUGCCCUUGGAACCAAGCACCCUCCCGCUCUGUGUCGUUGAGUGUGGCGCCCCUCUGAUGCGGAGCCAACAAACGCGGAGUGAGGCGAACCAGAAAGCUUACCGGCUCACCGGUUUCAUUCACGACAGAACAAGUGUUAUGAACUCAGAGGAAACUCAAUACACAAAGUAAUGCCCAUAAUAGUUUAUGCAGUACAAAAUCUGAGUAAAUAAUGGAUUAUCACAAAGCUUUCCUUAUGCACCCAAAAACAAAAAAACAAUAAUAACAAUAUAAAGAACAUCACAAGUGUUCCUAUCACAUCAAAUAUGUUUAAACUUAAAGUACUAAAGAGUUCCAUCAAAUGAAACAUUAAGCAUGUGUAUCUGUGUACGAUAAGACUUCCCUGUCACUGUAAACACAACAAUUACACAAUGCAUCCUUUCAUGAAGGCAACUAGCACACUCUCGCACGUCACAGCACGCGGGAGGAAAGAAAUGUACAGGCAAAAAUUUGAGUCGCUAAAUGAAGGCAACAAGUGACUCGGGACAAUAUUGGCAAACAUACUUGUCAGGUACUAGAGUAACUACACAUUCCUGCAUGUGGUGGGAGGCGAGGCUCAGGGUAGCACUUAUAGCAUUUACGGGUGACUGAAGUGUCCUGUGUGCAUUUUAGCGGUUACACCUGAUGAAAAUUGUAAUUUUACUCUUUCCUAAGUGUCUCGUAAAGGUUGUAAGUUAGCCAGGAACACUCUUGCAAAACAAUUAUCUUGAAAACAUGAUCCCUGGCUUGGGUAUGAAUAUGAACCCCGACCAACUGCUUGUACUUAUAAGGACAUUUCUGUCACAAAGUUCGUCCUCAGCGUGCCGUGAGGAGCCUCACGCACUUGGCAAAAUUGCCCCGCCACAGGCAGGAAGGCAGAAGUGACAGAAACCUUCAACGAAACGCACAUGAUUUGUGUUCUGUUGCAGCUGACAACUAAAGGAGUUACUUUUGAUUUUACCUUAAAACGGUAAACAUUAGGUAUUUAAAAGUCAUUAAAUGACUAUACGUACUGUUUUGAGACAAAAUAGCCUCAAAUUUACAUGUCAAGGAUUAGUAACUCAGCACGCGAACACCUGCUGGCUGUAUGAAGUGACACACGCAGGAGAGACACUUAAAGCUACAGUGGUGUGGAACAAGACGGUGUAGGGGGAGUGCCGGGUGGCUUGUUGCGUCCUUUGAGUGAACACUUUUCAGCCU